UGAUUAUCGAAUAUGGUAUUUUAAAAGUACUGGCGGUUCACCAAGAGAGCCACUUGCAUUUAUAGUAUUUGAUGGUAAUCCCCAAAUACUAAACAGCACCAUAACUGGGGUUGAUAUAGAAAAGCCAGCAACAUUAGUUUUAAAAAACGUUGAUCUCAGUUAUAAUGGAACAUACUUCUUUCAACUUGUAUCACCUGGCGGUGGUGAAUCUAAAGUUUCCGUUUUUAUUGCAG